CAUCCACAUCUCACCUCGAGUGUCUUUCUUUCUUCCCUUCUCUACCCAAUCAACAACUCUACUUCUUCUUACAUUUCUCAGUCUUAAGACUUUUCGUCACAAACCCCAACAACAACCCAUUCACAAUGGCUCCCAAAUCUACUGUCGCUUCCAAGGCUCCUGCCUCUCAAGCCUCCAAGGCUCCCGCUGGUGCUUCCAAGGCCCCUGCCAAGACUGCUGCCAAAUCCGGAGACGCCAAGAAGAGGACCAAGAAGAGGGUCGAGUCUUACUCCACCUACAUCUACAAGGUCCUCAAGCAAGUUCACCCCGACACUGGUAUCUCCAACAAGGCCAUGGCUAUCCUCAACUCCUUCGUCGCCGAUAUCUUUGAGCGAAUCGCUUCUGAGGCUUCCAAAUUGGCUUCUUACAACCACCGAUCUACCAUUUCCUCCCGAGAAAUCCAGACCUCUGUCCGAUUGAUCCUUCCUGGUGAACUUUCCAAACACGCCAUCUCUGAAGGCACCAAGGCCGUCACCAAGUUCUCUAGCUCCAAGUAGAGAGAGAAUUCAUGGUGGUUGGAAAUCAUUCGGGAUCCAUUCUCUUUCGUAUCUUAUCCCUCUUUGUAACAGACCUUCUCCUUGUCACCUCGACUCUACAUGAGCCUGCUGCUGUCCGCGACUUGAAUUGAUGUUCGAGAUAAACGACCAAAGGUCUCCCAAAGCUCAUGCGUCACUGUCGUCGCAGUCGUGCAACAU